AUGUCGUCUAUUUCUCGGAACUUUGCAACGGCAGCCAAGGUAAAACCCCAGUUUAAUGUGUUUGACAGAUCUGCUAAACUUUUGCAGCGGUCAAGGACACCGAAACUUGAUCCUGGAUUAUCACGAAAGAAGGAAUACUUGAGAGACGAAGUUGCUAUUGAGACAAUUGAGCGAUUGGCCUUCAUUACUAGACCAUUCGACAAAGCUUUAGAUUUUGGCAGUCAUAGUGGAAAUUUGCUAAAACAGCUUUGUACAAAGAGUUAUGUUUCACGACAAUUGGAAGGCGAUGAGAUUGAGGAAAAAAUUAUUGACCAAUUGAAUAAAGACAAAGAUUUAGUUCGAGCCAAGAUCAAAGACCUUGUGUUGUUUGAUUCUUCAAAGGAGUUGUUGGAUCGAGACAUUGACCAGAAAUUAGACUUUCAGUUUCCAGGAACAGUGACAAAGGUUGUUGGAGAUGAGGAGAAAUUCGAUCACGAAAUACUAAAAAAAUCAGAUGUAUUUGACUUGGUAGUAUCUAAUUUAAGUUUACACUGGAUAAAUGACCUACCACAGAGUUUAGCAAACAUCAACAGGAUACUAAAACCUGAUGGCUUGUUUAUGGGCACUCUCUUUGGUGGUGAUACCUUGUACGAACUACGCACGUCAUUGCAAUUGGCCGAGCUCGAAAGGAAAGGAGGAAUCUCUCCUCGCAUGUCACCAUUGGUUCGUUUGAAUGAUGUAGGGUCCCUUUUGAAUAAAGCUGGCUUUAGCAUAUUGACAAUUGAUUCUGAGGAUAUCGUUGUAGGGGGAUUUCCUGAUAUUGUUUCCAUAUGCGAAGAUUUACAAGCUAUGGGAGAGCAAAACGCAGUCUUAUCUAGAGCACACAACUUACCCAAAGACGUGUUGUUGGCAGCUAAUCAAAUUUACAAAAGUUUGCAUGGGGAAGUACAGCCUGACGGGCAAGUGCUACUUCCUGCCACGUUCAACAUCAUCUUCAUGAUUGGCUGGAAAAAGAGUGACACGCAACCCCAGCCGUUGCAAAGAGGAACAGGCGAAGUAAACUUAAAAGAAGUGUUGCAAUGA